CCGGGUGGGAAAGCUCUCGGCGUCCGCCAUUUUGGCUGCCUCUGUCGGUCUGUUCAGUUACCACGUGAACCGCCGACGGAGACCCGUGGGGGGGGAGGCGGCGGCAGUGUUAAGUGAGAAAGGAAAAAAAAAAAAAAGACUACGAGGGGAAGGGGGUGUCGGGGUUGGGCGACGCGGUGACACCUGAGGCCUGGUGGCGGCGGUGGAUCCGGGCAAUCAAGGCUGAAGCAGCCAGGACGACGGCGGCGGCGGCGGUCGGACAAACAGGCUGACCGAGCCGGGCGGUGGCGGGAGCAGCGGGAGGAGCCGGAACGAUGCCGGCCGUGAGCCUCCCGCCCAAGGAGAACGCGCUCUUCAAGCGGAUCCUGAGGUGUUAUGAACAUAAACAGUACAGAAAUGGAUUGAAAUUCUGUAAACAAAUCCUCUCUAAUCCCAAAUUUGCUGAGCAUGGAGAAACUCUGGCUAUGAAAGGAUUAACAUUGAACUGUUUGGGGAAAAAGGAAGAAGCUUAUGAAUUGGUUCGUAGAGGUUUGAGAAAUGACUUGAAGAGUCAUGUGUGUUGGCAUGUUUAUGGCCUUCUCCAGAGGUCAGACAAGAAAUAUGAUGAAGCCAUUAAGUGUUACAGAAAUGCGCUAAAAUGGGAUAAAGACAAUCUUCAAAUCUUAAGGGACCUUUCUUUAUUACAGAUUCAAAUGCGAGAUCUUGAGGGUUACAGGGAAACGAGGUAUCAGUUACUUCAACUUCGACCUGCACAGAGAGCAUCAUGGAUUGGUUAUGCUAUUGCUUACCAUUUAUUAGAAGAUUAUGAAAUGGCAGCAAAGAUUUUAGAAGAAUUUAGGAAAACACAGCAGACAUCCCCUGAUAAAGUGGAUUAUGAAUAUAGUGAACUCCUUUUAUAUCAGAAUCAAGUUCUUCGGGAAGCAGGUCUCUAUAGAGAAGCUCUGGAACAUCUUUGUACCUAUGAAAAGCAGAUUUGUGAUAAACUUGCUGUAGAAGAAACCAAAGGGGAACUUCUGUUACAAUUAUGUCGUUUGGAAGAUGCAGCUGAUGUUUACAGAGGAUUGCAAGAGAGAAAUCCUGAAAACUGGGCCUAUUACAAAGGCUUGGAAAAGGCACUCAAGCCAGCUAAUAUGUUAGAACGACUAAAAAUUUAUGAGGAGGCCUGGACUAAAUACCCCAGGGGAUUAGUGCCAAGAAGACUGCCAUUAAACUUUUUAUCUGGUGAGAAGUUUAAAGAAUGUUUGGAUAAGUUCCUAAGGAUGAACUUCAGUAAGGGUUGUCCACCAGUCUUCAAUACUUUGAGGUCGUUAUACAAAGAUAAAGAAAAGGUGGCAAUCAUAGAAGAAUUAGUAGUAGGUUAUGAAACCUCUCUAAAAAGCUGCCGGUUAUUUAACCCCAAUGAUGAUGGAAAAGAGGAACCACCAACCACAUUACUUUGGGUCCAGUACUACUUGGCACAACAUUAUGAUAAAAUUGGUCAGCCAUCUAUUGCUCUGGAAUACAUAAAUACUGCUAUUGAAAGUACACCCACGUUGAUAGAACUCUUUCUUGUGAAAGCUAAAAUCUAUAAGCAUGCUGGGAAUAUUAAAGAAGCUGCAAGGUGGAUGGAUGAGGCCCAGGCCUUGGACACAGCAGACAGAUUUAUCAACUCCAAGUGUGCAAAAUACAUGCUAAAAGCCAAUUUGAUAAAAGAGGCUGAAGAAAUGUGCUCCAAGUUUACAAGGGAAGGAACAUCAGCGGUCGAGAACUUAAAUGAAAUGCAGUGCAUGUGGUUCCAGACAGAAUGUGCCCAAGCUUAUAAGGCAAUGAAUAAAUUUGGUGAAGCACUUAAGAAAUGCCAUGAGAUUGAGAGACAUUUUAUAGAAAUCACUGAUGACCAGUUUGACUUUCAUACAUACUGUAUGAGGAAGAUUACCCUUAGAUCAUAUGUGGACUUACUAAAGCUAGAAGAUGUACUUCGACAGCAUCCGUUUUACUUCAAGGCUGCAAGAAUUGCCAUAGAGAUCUAUUUGAAGCUUCAUGACAGCCCUCUUACAGAUGAGAAUAAAGAACAUGAAGCUGAUACAGCAAACAUGUCUGAUAAAGAGCUAAAGAAGCUACGUAAUAAACAAAGAAGAGCUCAAAAGAAAGCCCAGAUAGAGGAAGAGAAAAAAAAUGCAGAAAAAGAAAAGCAGCAGAGAAAUCAGAAAAAGAAGAAGGAUGAUGAUGAUGAGGAAAUUGGAGGUCCAAAAGAAGAACUUAUUCCGGAGAAACUGGCCAAGGUUGAAACUCCAUUGGAAGAAGCUAUUAAAUUUUUAACGCCAUUGAAGAACUUGGUGAAGAACAAGAUAGAAACUCAUCUUUUUGCCUUUGAGAUUUACUUUAGGAAAGAAAAGUUUCUUUUGAUGCUACAAUCAGUAAAGAGAGCAUUUGCUAUUGAUUCUAGUCAUCCCUGGCUUCAUGAAUGUAUGAUUCGACUCUUUAGUACUGCAGUGUGUGAAAGUAAAGAUUUACCUGAUGCAGUUAGAACAGUAUUAAAACAAGAAAUGAAUCGUCUUUUUGGAGCAACGAAUCCAAAGAACUUUAAUGAAACUUUUCUGAAAAGGAAUUCUGAUUCAUUGCCACAUAGAUUAUCAGCUGCCAAAAUGGUAUAUUAUUUAGAUCCUUCUAGUCAGAAGCGAGCUAUAGAGUUGGCAACAACACUUGAUGAAUCCCUCACUAACAGAAACCUCCAGACAUGUAUGGAGGUAUUAGAAGCCUUGUGUGAUGGUAGCCUAGGAGACUGUAAAGAAGCUGCUGAAGCUUAUAGAGCAAAUUGUCAUAAGCUUUUCCCUUACGCUUUGGCUUUCAUGCCUCCUGGAUAUGAAGAGGAUAUGAAGAUCACAGUUAAUGGAGAUAGUUCUGCAGAAACUGAAGAACUGGCCAAUGAAAUUUGAACAUCAUUAAACAAGCAAACGGAAUGACUUUGGACCAUAUCUAGUGUAUAAUAUUUUUGUCACGCACCUGCUGCAUUGCUCUAACUUACACAGAAUGAGAAGAGUAAAUGUUCUUGCCUUCAAAUAGUGUUUUACGUUUUUUAUCCUGCUGAAAAAGUAUAUAUAAAAUAUCUAACAUAUUACAGGAUAUAGGUUCAGUUUCUUAAAAAAUUAAAAGCUGCUAAAAUUGAGGGGUUUAAAAAAAGAUACCUUAUCCUAUUCCUACCUACCCACCCAUGUUUUUAAACUAAUUUAUAUAAAAUCUGGAGGCUGUUACGGCUAACAAAGCAGGUGUGUGGCAGAAAUAUUACUUUAAAUUUGUCUUGUGAGAUUUUACUAUAUCUCAGACAGCAUAAAUGCUGUUUUAGCACUGGAUUCUUUCACUGAGCACAAAGAGUUGUUGGGGCUUUAGCAUCUAACUGAUUUUGUUACGGGGUUGAUUAUGACCAUAGGAAGUAUGCAAUGUGAAUCACUAUUUACAGAGAAGCCUACAACAGAUGCUUGAUGUUGUAGAAGCUGGGACAUAUAGAUACCAAGCAGAAUUAUAAGAAAACCUAGAGGGUGUUCAAUACGCUUGUUGUGUUUCCAAAAUUCACUGUACAUGAUCAGUUUGGUGUUCUUGUACCACAGUUUUUAACUGAAGGAACCAGUUGGAACAAUCUCAAUUCUAACUAAAACUUGAAGAACUAAAAUAACAAUGCAAACCUUUCAGCAUUGUUUUGGCCAAACUUGUUAAAACUGUAAUGCAAGAACCAAAUGCACUGUGAUGUGGCACCAACUAAUUAGCAAGCAUGAACUUUUCACCCAAGAGUGAAAAAAGAAAAUCUACCAUGGCUUGAAGUUAAAGAGCAGAACUCCUGACUACCAUUCUAUGACUGAUCAAGAGACUAAUAGUUAAAAACCUCAGCAGGCCUUGUUCAUGAUAUGCAGAAAAAAAUGUGCUGCAGUUUAGAUACCUCUGGAAUUUUUCCACAGUGUCACAGGUUUGUAAUACUUGAAGCCCUACAUUUCUAAGAAUAUAUUUCUUGCUCAGUUGUUUCAGGCAAGCCCAAGACUUUGUAAUUUUUAAAGGGCCCAAGAUUUAUUUCUUUCUUUCUUUUUUUUUUUUUUUUUUCCAAUAACAGACCAGCUUCUUUUUCCUGCAGUUACAGAUGUAAUUUCCUUUUUGUUGUCAAACAUAAGGUACCAAAUAUGAUGCAAUAAAUUGUUUUGAAAAACAGUUGUGUGAAUAUUUCAACUAAUAUGUGUUGGGCUUCUGUGAAAAUACACAGGUGGAAACAGAGGUGCAAGCCAGAGGCAGUGUAAUGUGCUGUAAGGCUAGUUCAGAUGGGAACUUUUUGGAAUGGACUUAGUGUUGGUGUCAGGGAAAUUCCAUUAAGCAAGUGCUGUUCCUGCAUUAAGAUUUCCUUGAGCGCUAGGAUGGCAGCAGGUACUAUGAAUAUAAUUAGUAAUUUGAAAGGAAAAGUGAGAACUGCUAUUUUGUUUGAGAAAAUGAGCCUUAAAAUUUUAAACCCAAACACUGAGAACUAGCCAGAGGCUCUGUAUUCUCAUUGCAUUUGCAAGAUCUCAGCAAAUAAGGAUAUUAAGUAAAAUGAAUUGAUUGUGUAUAUAAUUGACCUUUUUGUGGUACUUUUUAGUUUAUAGAAAGUAUAUUCUAAAGGGAAUUUUCAGGAGACAUGAUCCUUUUACUGAUUGAACAAUUGUGCUAAACUCAGCAUUUCAUAGUACAUGACCUGCAUUCCACAUCCCAGUCUAGUAAUUUAGUGGUGUAAAGACAAGUACAGACUGGACUCUAGUGCUUUGUUAUGUUUAUUAACUGGCCCUGUCUCAGGAACAUCUUAACAGAUGGCAAAAAAAAAAAAAAAAAAACUUUUUUCAACUUCUCCUAUGAGUGGCAACUGAAGUUCUUGUUGUUGGUAAAGAACACUAGUGCUACCUCUGCCACUAAUGAGGUGUUUGGAGGAGGCACCAGCCAUAAAAUAGGGGGUGUGUGUGUGAAUUAUGUUUAAACUCUACUGUAUAUUGAAAUGAAAUUCUUAUAUUUGUCUUGACAAUGUUCAAAUGAUGUAGAUUGUUUUAGAAUGAAUAUUCAUAAGUACUAAGAACUCUUGAUGCAGAGGCCACCCAUGAGGAGCUAAAUUCCUAACAUGUAUAUUGUAUUCCAACCCAAUUUUACUGGAACUAUUAAAUAAAUAUUUUAUUUUCUUUCAGGUUUACUUGAUAGUGGAUACAUUGUCUGGUCUCAGAGGAUACUGACAUAGGUUCAUUUUAUGUCCAGACAUCACCCCUAAAACAUUGUACUGUGCUAUCUUACCCUGGAUAGUAUGAACUGGAUCAUCUCACAUUUGCCUCAUUCACUCUAUUCCAAAUGAUGCUGUGGGGGAAAACAGGGUUAGGAAAAAAGGGGGGGAGGAAUGCAGUGAUGUUGUAAUCUAAACAAGUGCCUUAUGUUUAUUGCUAAGAACUGGUGUUAUCAACCCUUUUGAAAAGAAAGGGUCCCUUGACCUGUAUUAACAUAGGAGAAGUAAAGUUCUUUUUGUUUUUCUUUAUAUUUACUACUCUUGUCAUUUCUCAUUCAAAAACUAAAAUCUGACUAGCAGGUUAGUUUUCCUCAGCUUUAAUUCGAUAGUUGAGUUUUUAGCAUUUUCAACAUUUCUCUGUACCGAUUUGUUAUGCACAAGAAUAAAGGUGAUCUAAUAGCAUGACUAAAAGUAGCCCCGAUGCUAGUGAAUAGCUUUCCUGUGGGUUUUAUCACUCCCUUGUUUUUCACAGAGUUGUUUGUACUCCACGAUAUAUUGCUCUAUGUGAAACGAAAGCUGUGACUGUAAGAAGAGGCCAGAAAAAUGCGGUCUAGAUCAGGUAGGUUGUGAUAAAUCCAGGGAAGUCUCUUGUACACCAUUUCUAGGAAUAUUUCAGCUAUCACGUGUAGCAUCUGUUUGGGAAAAGUUUGAAAGUGAAGUGUUGGAUUUUCUUACAAGAUAUGUAUAUAUUUGUCUUAAUAAUUACCAGCCUUAAGCUUUGAAAUUACUCUUACUAAGAGAAUUCAAAGAAAGACUGACAUUUCCAAUGGAAGGUAGUCUUGUUCUACCUUGUGCUCCACCUCUUAAGUUACAGGCAAGGUUUCUUGAUACCAUCCUGCUGUCAUCUGAACUCUGCUAAAUCCACUGCCAGAUCUACAUGAAAAACUCCCAUGAAGUGGCCGUGCUGCCCCACAGGGGGCUGAGCCUUUCAAGUUUUGUUCCAGUUUUGAUGGUUGGAAAUCUUACAACUUGUAGCAAUAAAGCAUUUUUGGAAAAGGUUAUUCUUUGUUGAAUUGCACUUUCACCUUUCAGUAUGCUCCUACUAGAGGGAUGUUGGUAGUGUGCAGGAGGUUCUGGAGAAAAGAAUGCUCUCACUUUGAUAAAGCAGAUUAUUGGGUACAUACUUUAGCUUACACAGCCUAUUUACACUGCUGCCUCCAUCAGGACAUACCCUCCCUCGUGGUGACGGCAAAAGGGCGGAAGGAAAGGGGAGCAGUGUGUUGUAGGAGAGAGGUGUCCAGCCUCUUGGUUUACCCAGUUGGCCUUUGAAGUGGUGCCAUCUUGGGAUUAUAGCCAAAGAAAGAAAAAUGGGUACUAUUUAAAUUAGAAUUUACUGAACUGUCAACUAUAGAUAAACUUGGAAUUUUAAUCCUCAAUGCUAUUUGUAAAGGUUCUAUGUGCAAGAAAUAGAAUACACUUUUUUUCAAGGCUUCUUGUAACAAAAGUAAUACUUGGCAAUCUAAUAAGACUGUAAUAUAGUUCUUACAUUUUUUUAAUACACAUUUUUUUGCUGUCUAAAGAGUCUGUUUUAUUUCAUACAACUGGUACAGUUCUCUUUAACUGAAAAAAAAAAAAAAAUUGAUGGUGAUGAAAAGAUGGGAAAUUUCCUAUCUGUGUUAUAAAGAAUUCUGCUAUUGCUUAAAUCCUCAACUUGGCCUCAAUAAGUAUAAAGUUUCAGAAACAAAAUAGGAGUGAAGAGAUUUUUUUGAAUAUAUUCUGGAUCCCAUGGCCUGCUUUCAGCUAAUAAUUAAAUUUGCCUUCUAUAUUUAGUUACCUGUGAAUUGUCUAAAUCUCCACACCAUUUUUGGCUGUCUUUCCAAUCUACCAUAGUUUUCUAGCAUUGAGCUUUGAUAAACCUGCCAUUUGUUUACUUUGAUCUGCAAGUUUAUCAAGUCCAUUGUCUAGUGCCUGAUGCCUUAUCACAACUGGUCUAGGUACUGGGUUUUCUUAAGUAUUCUUCUAAAACUCUUGGUGUUUCUUAAUAGUAACUAAGCUAACCACUUCUCAUCUUUCUUUUGAACUAUUAAUAUUUGCCUUUGAAUAGUCCUACUGUUAGCUGAUGCAUUCCAUUUCUCAUAGUAUUUUUCUGUGACCUGCUAGGAUGCUUGUUUCUUAGACAAAUAUCUAAUUACAAUGUUAAAUUAAAUGAUUAAUAUUUUGGUUCAGACUCAUGUAAAGCCAUUUUUAAUGUAAUGUAUGAAAUCUUAAGAAUUAACAUUGGGUACAUUUUAGGGUAGUGACUAAGUACAUAAUUGAUAUUAAAAUCUUUGUGAAAUUUGCUAUGAAUAUUGGCCUACAGAUAGUAGAAAAUAGCAAUAAAGCACUAUUAACUUUCAGGUCAUUUGCACAGGCUUAAAGAUUUUUUUUAAUCUAUUGAUUUAGAAUAGUCCCAUUUUUCUUCCCUUUGGCCCUGUCUGUUGGUCUUCAGAGAUUUCCUCAGAAUACCACAGAUCCAUUUUAUUUUAUUUUUAUGUUGAAUGAAUUUCUCACAUCUAAUUUUUUGUUUUCUUCCUAUAGUUUGUCAGAGGAGUGGUUGUGACUGGCCUUGUAGGAAGCAGAUAACUGAAGGACCAUCCUCUUUCUCAGUUGCCUCAUUGUGGCAUUAGUUGGCAGUGAACCUUCUCAUCCUUCAUGUCUUUAGCAACCAACCAACCAGCCAGGUAACAGUCACGUCCAGUGGAAUUAAGUUAUUUCAAAGAUUGCCCCUCAGUAGUUUUUCUUUCUUUCAAACAGUAUAGGGAGACUGGUAACACAAACCACUUAACCUUAAGGCUCUGUUUCCUGCAUCGUAGUUAGUUCAGUUGCUCAGUCAUGUCUGACUCUGCGACCCCAUGGAUCGUAGUAUCUCCACUUUUAAUCAUUACAAGUAAGGAGACACUAGGUGGAGAUCUCCAGUGGUUAUUUCUAGACACUUGACCUAUAGAUAGCCAGUGUUCAUCACAACUAGAAUUAUGGUGUAGUUGAUCUUAUCUGCUUAGGACUGGCAAUUGAAUCUUUUAAAACUUAAUCCUGGUUGUAUAUUAGAAUCCCAGGGGGAUUGUUUGAAAGCCACAAAUCCCAAUGGCCAAGCCCACCUUCUGAGUUCUGAUUUAAAUUACCUGGAGCCAGGCCUGGACAUUGGUCUUUUAUUUUCUUUCUUUCAAGACUACCCCAGUGAUUCUUAAGGUAUACUGAUCUUUUUUUGAGGAAGUUCAAAAUAUUUCAUAGUAUUUGAUUUUUUCAUUAAAGAGAUACAAGCAACUAUGUAAGUGCAAAAAGGUGAUUUUUCCCCUAUCUUACAUUAAGGGGAAGAAUUUGUAUUUGAACUUUCUGUCAGAAGAUUGUCAGAAACUUUUUGGGUUAUUUUGAAAGCCCAUGCUUUUUUCCCCUCAUUCUGCUGUUCUACUGAGAUGUGUGUGUGUACACUUAGUUGCUCAGUAGUGACUCUUUGAGACCCCAUGGACUGUAGCCCACCAGGCUCCUCUGUCCGUGGGAUUUUCCAGUCAAGAAUACUGCAUUGGGUUGCCAUUUCCUACUCCAGGAGAUCUUCCUGUUCUGAGAUGCUGGUAUUCAAAGAAGAGAAAAAAAAGUCACUUCUACAUAGUUUUGUUGCAUGUCCUGGUAACUUGGUUUCAUUUAAGCAAUAAUUCCUGUAGAUGCAUGAUUGAGUUUUCUAAUGGAUGAAUACCAAAGCAAAGCACAAAGUCGUUAAAAUAAGGAUAGAUGGUGGUAUUAUUCCCUGAGAAUUCAUACACUCCUCUAAUAUACAUACCUAAACCUCCAAUCAAAUAUGUAGGGUUUUUUUUCCUUCCAUAAAGGACUACGUUUUCCUUCUUUCUUUUACUUGAAAGUUAACUUUAAAAAAAAUUUAUUUCAAUUUUUAAAUGUUGGCUGCACUGGGUCUUUGUUGUGGCAGCGGGCUUUCUUUAGUUGCGGCAUGCAGGCUUCCCUUGUGGUGGAGCACGGGCUCUGGAGUGCGCUGGCUGAGUAGUCACGGUGUGUGGGCCCUCUAGUUGUGGCGUGAAGUCUUAGUUGCCCUGCAGUGUGUGGGAUCUUAGUUCCCUGACCAGGGAUCAAAACUCUGUCCUCUGCAUUGAAAGGUAGAUUCUUAAUCCCUGGACCACCAGGCAAGUCCCUGCAUUUCUAUAAAUGAAUGAAUUUCUAUUACAAAUCUCAGGUAUGAGAGGAACCCUGAUUCUGUGACAGAAUUAAAAUAUGGCUUAUUGGUAUAGAACCUGGUAAGGAGGUUUAUGUGCUACAGAAUCAUAUAUCAAAUUAAAAACUAGCUUAUGAGAGCUGUUGAAAUAAUAUUCUGAAUAGUUCUCCCAAAUUUAUCCAACCUAGUAGUUUUCUAUAAUGAAAUAGGAAUUGUUGUAUAGACCAGCUCUUAUGUGUAUCUACUUUAUUCUUGAUUGGUUAAAGAUUUUGAUGAAUGAGACAAGCUAAAUACUGUUCAUUGCCAUUUUUGUGUUUAUAGACAUGGAUGGUUUUCCUUCACCUUAAGUUUUUAGAUCAGACAGAACCAAGUUUAAAUCCUGGCUCAGGUAUCUUAGGCAAGAUACUAGGAAUUCCUAGUUCAUAUAGUUGUUGGAAGGACUAAGUAACAUAUUGUAUAUAAGUGGUUAUCAGAAAGCCUGACACAUAAGGAUUCAUUAUAAAUAUUCAUAGGCAUAACAUUCAUUUUAAGUUAUAGUAUUUGCAAAAGGAUGUUCUCCUCUGUUUACUUGUCAGCAUUCUAUUUGAUUAUCUCUGUUUGUUUCCUGUAGUACACUGGACCAGUAUACUCAGGAAAUUAUAAUCUUUUUGUAGAUAUUAAUGGCUCAAAUUAUGCUUUUUUUCCCCCUAGUGUUUUACAUCUUCUAGCACUUUAGAUUAUUUUGCCUUUUCGUACAAUAGAGAAAACCACCAGUAACACCUCCAUCCUCCCAUCAUUCUGACAUUCAUGGAAACUUUUACUAGUGUUAGUAAACGUGGCAGAUUUCUUGAUGCUGCUUUUAUAAUUAUUUAGAAGAUACAAAAUAAAACCAGUCCCAGUGUCUUUCCUUUCAUCCAUUCAGUAGUUAGUAAAUACCUACCACCUCCAGAAACUAUGCUUCAUACUGGGGAUAUAUGACAUGGCCGUUGCUCUCAGUUUUCGCAGGCUAGUGAAGGAGACAGGCAAAUCAAGAAAUGAUCGCAGCAGCAAUAUAUAAACCCCUAGGAAUUAGUACUCAAUUCUGUUUGGAUGAACUGGGAAAAGCUUAACAGCGUAUGUUCCCUUGAGCUUGGAAAGAUAAAGAUGAAUUUUAUAUACAGACAAAAGAUAGCAUGUGCCUAAAGGUUCAGAUACAUGAAACAAGGUCAUGUGUUCAGGGACUGAAAAAUAGUAUGAACAGAAUCUGGGAAAUAAGGCUGGAGCUCCAAUUAGCGAUACUUAGAUGGCCCACUGAAAGACUAGAUUUGGCUUUGUGUAAUUCAAUUCCCUAAUUGAAGAAUUAGGGAAAGAUGAUAAGUAUUUGAGAAAAUUCCACUAGCAAUGUGAUGGUGGGAAUAGGGAGUGAGAUUGGAGGCACCAAGGCUAAUCAGAAGACUCAAGCUGAGCUAAUACUCCUGAGUUCUAUUCUGUGCCAGGCUAUGUAGUAAGCAUUUUGUACCAGUUAGCUCAUUUAAACCUUAAAAAAAUAUGAGGCAGGUGUUGUUCCCAUUUAACAGCUUGAGAAUCAUAAUUUUCCUCUGGUCACAUAGCUUGUGAGUGAGAAAAAUAGGCGUUCAGGCCCAGGUAUGUCUUGCUUCAGAUCAGUAUAACAGUGCUUGCUUCAGAUCAGUAUAACAACUGGAAAGAAGAGAGGACAGCAACAGUUAAGUAUUAACGUGAAGAAGAGAGCCAAGAAUACAAGAAAUGUUAGGCAGAUAGGACUUCCAUCAGCGACAAGUGGAAGUUAGCAGUGAUGCCCAGGGUUUCGGCAAAAAACAGCUAUCUUUAAUGUUAUCAUUAAACAGAGUCAAGAAUUGAGAAGAAGAAAUUGAGGGGAAAAGAAAGAGGUCUUUUCAGACAUGGAUUUUAGGCAUGUAACAUAACGUGUAGUGGGCAGCUAGGUGUAUGAGUCUGAAACUUACAAGAGAAGUGACUUGAAGAGUGAGCUAUGAGUGGUGUGAUUUGACAAAACUGCUCAAAGAGAAUAAGAAAAGGGGGUAGAGGAAGAGAAGCUAAUAAAAGAACCUAGUGGUCAAGAAGCUGGAAUUUGAAAAUAAUAGUUUUGAGGAAGCAAAGGUUUUCAAGGAUUGGGGUCAAUAAGUUCAAAAUCAAGAUGUGAUAAUUCACAUCCAUCUAGUUGGUAACAUUUUAGAAUAAGACUGAAUAUCACAUGUUGGCCAAGAUAUUGAAAAACAUCAGAGGAACUCUCAGGUAUCCUGUCUUUGAGUGUAUAGAUUGGUAUAAUCAUUAUGAGGGCAGUAUUCAUUUACUAAAAUGAAACGUGCAUAAACCAGCUAUUCUGAUAGGAUACCUGUAUCUAUAGAUCUAACCCUCGAUAUAGAUCUCUGUGUCUGUAGACAUAUAGAGAUAUGCCCUGUAAACAUUCCCACAUAUUUGCCAGAGAUACGUGCAAGGAUGUUCAUUGCAGUAUUGUUUAUAAUAAUGAAACUUGGAAAUAAAAUGUAACAUAAA